AUGAAAUUUUCUUUAUCUUUAAUUUUUAUAAUAAUUUCUGCAAUUGUGAAUGUAAACUCUCAAACAACUUGCAGAUUUGCACCAACCUAUACAUUAAACGAUAUUAUUAACUCUAAUAAUCAAUCAUUCAUCAAUGAUGUAUUAUUUUGGGAAGGAAAUUUUCAUUCAAAUCAAGUUGGAGUAAAUUAUGAAUGUGGAUAUACAUAUGAUGGACAUGAAUUAAAUUAUAUUACUGGAGAAUUGGAUUCACCAUUACAUGAAUUCAGUGCACCAUCAAAAGAAUCAAUUCAUUUAGGAAUGUUAGCAUUGGCAUUGAAUGAAUGGGUUAAUGAAGAACCGGAAAAUUAUAAAGCAAUUAAUUUUUUUCAUCAAAACAUAACUCGUACCACCACAGAACAAAACGAGAUUCCAUAUAGUGGUAAUAGUAAUUUUGACAAUGCAAUUACAAUACUCUAUAGAAAGAUCAAUACCUAUCAUCAAUUUAAUCAACGUUUUCCAGGAUUUGGUGGAUUUCAUCCAUGGGUAUCGGUUAAUGAUUCCGGUAUUUUCUUAUUAGAUGGUUGGACCAACCAAGUACCAGGUUUGGAUAAUGGUGAAAUGAUUUGGGGACUUUAUGCAGUAUACAACCUAUUAACCACUCAACCAACAUUUAUUAACAACUACCCCACACUCGGACCAUUGUAUGAAAAAUAUUUCCAAAUAUUAAUUAAUAAUGCAAUGACAAUAUUCUAUCAACCAAGUGGCUAUAUUAGUGCAGUUGUAGAAAUCAAUGAUAUCUAUUCAACACCAACACCAAGCAAUUAUUUAAAUCCAAGUGGAUUAUUAAAUGAUCCAUAUGAGGGUGAAUUGUUGGUAGUGUUUAUGGACUUGUUUUGCCAAUGGCCAUCUGAAGAGGCACGUGACCAAAUUUGGAUUAAUAAAAGAGCAUUAUUACAAUCAGUUGAAUUCAAUACCCAUAGCAAUACAAAUAUAACAGUUCAACGUGGUUGGUGGUUUUCAUCACAUGAACAAUGGAAAUAUUUAAUGUUACCUUAUCAAGAGAUUGAAAUUAAUCAACGUGUUUUCCGUAAUGGUGAAAGGGCAAGAACUUGGUUCUCCUCAAUUAAUAAUUAUCCUGGUUUAUUUGCUUCUGUAACAAAUGUAACUGAAAUCAAUCAAAAUAAUGGCUACGUUAGUGCAACUGGUAUUAGUGAAAUUGCUUUUCAACAACAAGUUACCAAUGCAUUAAUAACACCAUAUGCUUCAUUUCCAUUAUUUUUAAUUCAUGAUCAACCAUCAUUAGGUCUUUCUUGGUAUUAUACAAUGUUAAAUGGUCCUUCAAUGCAAAAUCCAUUUGGUAGUACUGAAUCUGUUAAUAUAAUUGGUACAGAAAUUGCAUCUGUAAUUACUUGGGAUUCAAAGAUUACAACAGUUUUAUCAAUGUUGGGUGGUAUUUCAAAUAUUAAUUUACAAUUUUUAAAAUCAAAUGGAUUAUUUGAACGUUUUUCAACUGUAAUUGAUAGAGAAUGGUCAUUGGCUUUCCCAAAUUUAAAUGGUGAAAAUUUACCAUUUAUGUAUCCGUCACGAGAUGUUACAAUUCCAAAAAUUUUAAAUGAUUUUACAAAUUGUACAUUAAAAAAGAUUUAA